CUUCCAGCUACAGUUUUAUUCUGAGCAUUAGUGAAGAGGAAGCCAGGGUGAAGGCUUUGAACAAGUACCUGAGCACUCGUAGUUAUAUCCAGGGGUUCACAUUUUCACAUGCAGAUGUGGAGGUGUUCAGAAAGUUUUCGGGGCCACCUGUGGACCAGUAUAUCCAUGUUGUCCGGUGGUACAGACACAUAGAAGCAAUCUAUGAUGGCAGCAGUGAGAAAAAUGAGCCUUGUAAACUUCAAACAAGUAAAGGCAAACGUGUGCAGCCUCCCUGGUCUCCCCCUGAAGGGACAAAACAUUCUAGGCUCUGUCUCUACAACAGCCUGACUCGAAGUAAGGAAAUAUUUCAGCCUCAGAAUGGAAAAAAGGUCUUGUGGUAUUGCUGUGGUCCAACAGUUUAUGAUGCUUCUCACAUGGGACAUGCCAGGUCGUACAUCUCAUUUGAUAUCCUGAGGAGGAUCUUGAGGGAUUAUUUUAAAUACGAUGUUUUCUAUUGUAUGAAUAUUACAGAUAUUGAUGAUAAGAUCAUCAAGAGAGCAAGACAGAAUUACCUUUUUGAAAGAUACAGAGAGAACAAAUCAACACCAGAUCAGCUUCUUGAAGAUGUUAGAACUGCCUCAGUGCCCUUUUCAGUUAAAUUAAAUGAGACAACAGACCCAGAUAAAAAGCAAAUGUUGGAAAGAACUCAAAAUGCAGUGAAGUCUGCUUUUGACCCUCUACAAGAAGCUGUGCAAGCAAAACUCCCUGCAGAAGAAGUCAACAGAUGCCAUGAGACCUUGUUGGAAGAAGCCAAAGAUGUGCUGUCUGACUGGUUGGACACAAAAUUUGGCAGUCAAGUGACUGACAAUUCCAUAUUCUCAAAGCUCCCCAAAUUCUGGGAAGGAGAAUUUCAUAAAGACAUGGAAGCACUCAAUGUUUUACCUCCUGAUGUUUUAACACGGGUUAGUGAAUAUGUGCCAGAAAUUGUGGAUUUUGUGAAGAAGAUUGUGGAUAAUGGUUAUGGGUACGUGUCCAAUGGAUCUGUAUAUUUUGAUACUAUGAAGUUUGAUUCCAGUGAAAAACACUCUUAUGCUAAGUUGGUUCCUGAAGCUGUAGGUGAUCAAAAAGCUCUUCAAGAGGGUGAAGGUGACCUGAGCAUCUCAGCAGAUCGCUUAAGUGAGAAGCGUUCUCCAAAUGAUUUUGCUUUAUGGAAAUCCUCCAAGCCAGGAGAGCCCUCAUGGGAUUCUCCAUGGGGAAAGGGUCGUCCAGGUUGGCACAUCGAAUGUUCGGCAAUGGCUGGAUCCAUUCUAGGAGAGUCAAUGGAUAUUCAUGGAGGAGGGUUUGAUCUCCGAUUUCCCCACCACGACAAUGAACUGGCACAGUCUGAGGCAUACUUUGAAAACGAUCACUGGGUUCGGUAUUUCCUGCACACUGGCCACUUAACGAUUGCUGGCUGUAAAAUGUCCAAAUCCUUGAAGAAUUUCAUUACCAUAAAGGAUGCACUGAAGAAACAUACAGCACGACAGCUACGGUUGGCUUUCCUCAUGCACUCUUGGAAGGAUACACUGGAUUAUUCAAAUAAUACUAUGGAGUCAGCUAUUCAGUAUGAGAAGUUUAUGAAUGAAUUCUUUUUAAAUGUGAAGGAUAUUCUCCGAGCUCCCACGGAUGUGACAGGCCAGUUUCAAAAAUGGGAAAACCAAGAAACAGAGCUGAAUAAAAAUUUCUAUGAGAAGAAGGCAGCAAUUCAUGAAGCUCUGUGUGACAAUAUCGACACUCGCUCUGUCUUGGAAGAAAUGCGUUCGUUAGUGAGUCAGAGUAACUCCUAUAUUGCUGCAAAGAAAUCCUCCAGACAAAUGCCAAACAGACUUCUUUUAGAAAACAUCAGUUCCUAUCUCACUCAAAUGCUGAAGAUUUUUGGUGCCAUAGAAAGUGAUGAUGCAAUUGGUUUUCCUGUUGGAGGGAGUAGUCAAAACAUAAAUAUUGAAUCUACAGUGAUGCCAUACCUACAAGUUCUGUCUGAGUUCCGAGAAGGAGUGCGACAAAUCGCCCGAGAGAAGAAAGUAACUGAAGUGCUGCAAUUGAGUGAUGCUCUUCGAGAUGACAUCCUUCCUGAGCUUGGAGUUCGAUUCGAAGAUCAUGAAGGACUUCCAACUGUGGUUAAAUUAGUGGAUAAGGACACAUUAUUGAAGGAAAGAGAAGAAAAGAGAAAGAUAGAAGAAGAGAAAAAAAGGAAGAAAGAAGAAGCAGCCAGGAAAAAACAACAGCAGGAAGCAGCAAAACUGGAAAAGAUGAAGAUUCCACCACAUGAAAUGUUUAAAUCGGAACUUGACAAAUAUUCCAUGUUUGAUGAAAAUGGAUUUCCCACCCAUGAUACCGAAGGCAAAGAACUUAGCAAAGGACAAAUUAAGAAGCUAAAGAAACUUUAUGAAACCCAAGAAAAGCUGCACAAGGAGUAUCUACAAAUGGUUCAGAAUGGAAGUGCAAAUUGAAAGCCACAGGACUUUUUUUAGAAGGCGAGUGCUGGGUCCCCACUGAAGAAUUGAGCAUGUACUGAUGCUCAGAUUUCUGUUUACACUUUCUAUUAUGUGCAAAGUAAAAAUCCUGUUUACGUGGAUUAAUAAUGUCAUCUGGAAAGGCAAUAAAAAUCCAUUAUUAAAAAAUAAGCCAACCUCUAAGAAGCUUCUUCACAACAGCAGCAGCUGAAUGGUUGCCAGUUCUAUUUGGGAAGGUGCUGCUCAGUCAGCAAAUCCACACAAGGAUUCUUGUUCAUUAUAGCUGUCCAGGCUAUGGUUAAUUUGUCCUACAUACUGAUCUCUAUCUAAGACCUACUGUAGCUUGCAUUCCUGAAUAUGUCACAGUCAGCAAAAUUUACUGCUAACUGGGAGCUGAGUAAUUUGUCCCACAGUAAGAACAAUAUUUUCCAGAUGACUUUAGUAUCUUUACAUAAGCAGGAAAAGUGGGUAGUUCCACUAUGAUACUUACUCUAGCUGCUGCUAUUAAAAACUCUCCUAAGUACACCCAGAACACUUUGCAUAGUAGAAGCUAAUAGUCCCUUUGUUGAAAAAGGGAGCAAAUCAUCUGUGCUCAACCUACAGUUGCAAUCAAGUGGGUAAGUACAAGGCAAAUGCACCUGCAUUG